UUCUCGCGUUACGCGCUUUACACAAAAUCUCCUCUUCCCCGUUUUCUACGGAGAGAUCUCUGCAAAAGAGAUUUGAGAGAGAGAGAGAGAUUUUACUUCUGCUCUCGCUAGAUCCGCGCAAUCUCACCAGAUUCUCCAGUAGUACUGACUCAAUCUGCACCGUCCAAGUCAAAACACCGGUCUUCCUCCGCCGUUGGAUUCGCUAGUGAACCCGCCGACGCCGGAAUCUUGCAUGAGUGGCUGAUCUCGAUUUCUGAAGCCGAAUCCGUGAUUGGGUAUUGAAGAUUUCUCGACCUUUUUUUGGUGAAAAGUGAUGGCGCCAAGCACGAUCCGUAAGGCGAUUGGUGCGGUGAAGGAUCAGACGAGUAUCAGUCUGGCGAAAGUGGCUGGGAACAUUGCUCCAGAUCUGGAGGUGUUGGUGGUGAAAGCCACAACGCAUGAUGAUGAACCUGCUGAUGAGAAGUAUCUGAGAGAGAUCAUGAAUCUUAUGUCGUAUUCUAGGAACUAUGUGACUGCUUGUGUGGCCACGGUUUCGAAGAGGUUAAGCAAGACGAGGGAUUGGAUCGUUGCGGUGAAGGCGUUGAUACUCGUGCACCGGUUGAUGUCCAACGGGAAUCCCGUGUUUGGCGAGGAGAUUGUCUACUCAACGAGGAGAGGUUUGAGGGUUUUGAACAUGGCAGAUUUCAGGGAUGAGGCUCAUUCACACUCAUGGGAUCAUGCCGGUUUUGUUAGGGUUUACGCCAUGUACCUUGAGGAAAAGCUGGAGUUCGAGGUAUCGGAGAGGAGAUCGAGGGGAAAAGAAGGGAAAUUCGAGGAGGAUUGGCGUGAUCGUGAAGAGGGCCGAGAUAAUUAUGGUAGGAGGUCGAGGUCUUACGGUGAUUUGGGUGAAUCAUCGGCAACAACGGGGAGAGAAAAGAGCACCCCGAUUAGGGAAAUGAAGCCAGAGAGGGUUUUGGGCAAUUUGGAGAAAUUGUUGAAGAUACUUAGUAGGGUCUUGGCUUGCAGACCGACAGGCUAUGCUAAGAACAGUAGAUUGGUGCUUGUUGCUCUUUAUCAAGUUGUUAGAGAGAGUUUCGGGUUGUAUACUUCGAUAUGCGAGGCACUAAGUGUUCUACUCAACAGUUUCAUCGAGAUGGAAUAUGGAGAUGCUGUCAAGUGUUUUGAUGCGUAUGUGGGUUCUGCAAAGAUGAUUGAUGAGCUUGUCGGGUUUUACAGCUGGUGUAAAGAUACGGGAAUUGCGAGAUCUUCCGAGUACCCGGAAGUUCAGAGUAUAACCGACGAGUCACUGGCAACUUUCGAAAGUAUAUUGAAGGACAUGAAGAACAGAUCGACGAGUCCCGUGAGAUCUCAGGUUCAGAAGAAGGAAGAGCAAGAACCGGAUAUGAACGAGAUCAAAGCUCUUCCUGCUCCAGAGAAUCACAAUCCGCCACCGCCUCCUCCUCCUCCACAACCGAUGGCUAAACCUGAACAGCCUAAACCGCAGCCAAAACAGCAAGUCACAGAUGAUCUAGUGAACUUGAGAGAUGACGGUGUCACCGCCGAUGAACAAGGCAACACUAUGGCUUUGGCUCUCUUCUCAGGUCAAGCCACGGUUAAACCCGACGGCUCGUGGGAAGCAUUCCCUUCAGAUGGAGAGUCAGACGUAAAAUCGGCGUGGCAGAACCCGGCUGCCGAGAUUGGUAAACCCGACUGGGAACUCGCACUGGUCGAAACAGCGAGUAACCUAUCGAGACAGAAAGCUGACCUAGGCGGGGGAAUGGACCCGAUACUUCUGAAUGGAAUGUAUGACCAAGGAGCGGUGAACCAGCAUGUGAGCUCGGCUCAGCUCCAAGGCGGGAGCUCGAGCAGUGUGGCCUUACCCAGUUUGGAGAAGACCAAGACGACCAUCCUAGCCUUGCCUGCACCGGAUGGAACGGUCAAGCCAGUCGGCUCGGUGGAUCCUUUCUCCGCUUCUCUGACAGUUCCACCGCCGGCGUACGUUCAGAUAGCCGAUAUGGAGAAGAAACAGCAUCUGCUGGUGCAGGAACAGCAGGCGUGGCAGCAGUAUACGCAAGACGGGAUGCACGGGCAAAUGGGUAUGGCUAAGAUCACGGGUGGGUCAGGUUUUUACCCUUCGAUGCCUCAACAAGCGGCGGUAAUACCGUUCGGGAUGAUGAUGCAGCAGCAGCAGCAGCCGCAGCCUGGAGGGUACUACUAUGGACCAGCACUCUGAAACUGGCUCUUGUUCAACCAAAAUUGUCUCUUUUUCCCAUCCUGCAGUCUGGUUUGGAUUCUCAUUUAUGAAUAAUAUAUCAUAUAUAUAUAUAUAUACAUACAUAUAUAUAUAUAUAUAUACAAGUACAUGGGAUCUAUAUGUCUAUUUUUUUUUUAUAACGGAGCACUGCUAACUGUUAUCCUUCAGACGUGUUAGUUAGGUCCGAUCCAAAAGCAACCUUUGUAUAUGAGCCAAAUUAGCUCAGAAAUUACCUCCCUCCCCGUAAUCCCGCCAUGAAAGAUCGAACACUUGAUUUUGAGGUGUUAACCACCGCAACUCAACCACUCGACCACUUGAUGGUGGGUUCUAUA